AUGCGACUCAUAUCCAUCAGGUGGUGGACUUUUCGGUGGCUCCAGUUGCAGCUGUUCAUCAGGAUACGGUGGACUAUUUGGCAACAAAUGAUUUACAGGUUUGUUUUAUUUUUAUUAGAUACUGUAAAACGAAAUGACAUAAAAUUGCAAAAUUUAAAACACAAAAUAUAGCU